GUAUUUUCUUUCCGGAACACAAAGAACCACAAGCGCUUGACUCGAGUGUGGCUAAAAAGCAAUCAACCUGUGCGCUUGAGGUGGAUAUUGGAUCUAAUUUCAUUUUAAACCGAUUUCAGCUGACUUUGCAUAGUAACGACACCAAAACGCACUCGAAUCCAGGUAUCGAGGCUAUUUGGAAUGAUGAGCGCUUACGUAGGCAGAGAAUGGCUGAAAAACGAGUGGAAAAUGUACCCCCUUUGGAAAUACCAGCCUCUCAAGAGCGCACCAAUGUACCGUCCGUUGAGAGUGAGAUUUUUCAUAAAACAGUUUUGCAAAGCAAAUUAUUGGCUUUAAAUUUGUCAACAACUUUUAGCGGCUGCCAGUUGGAUCAAUCUAUAAACUCCACGCUUCAGACAAGUAUUGUCAAUUUUCCUUCAGGUGAUGCUGGCGGUAGGGAUCAGAAACGUACAUUUAAUCUGAGUAAAAUAGUUGGGAAUGCUAUUUAUCCUGAAGAGUGCACACCAAAUGAAAAUCUAAUCAACGCCUCCUUUAUAGAAAAUCAUUUAUCUAACAGUAGCUUCACGCAAAGUGGUUCACUAGUUUGCUCUGCAGGCAAACCGUUGGUUAAAAAUAACUCAGACGCUCGAGGAAAUAGCAUUCUCUUGGAUGAUACCGUCAUUGAUGAAGAAUUGCUUUUAAAUAUAACGACCGAAAUCCCACAACAAUUAAAUACAAGCCUAUGUGCAGAAGACAUGGAACUCCUGGAUAUUCUAAAGCAGUUAGAAGAGCACGAGGAAGAUGGAAAUCAUAUCGACUUGGAUAGUACGUUAGCACCACUCACACAGGCACAUAAAAAAUUUAAUCCCUCACCGGAGUUAUUAGAUAAGCAAGUGGGAGCAGCAGCUGUCAGUCAACCAUUUCCAGAUAGUGACACCGAUUCCAAUGAAGAUGAAAAUGGGAAUCCCCUUGACUUUUCCAUUGCCUUAGAGAACAUGGAGGAAUUAAUAUUAAAAUUUACACAAAGCCAACCAACAGAAGAAGAAGGAUCUAGGAUAGAUUUUCCUCAAGUGGAUGGCUCGGAUGAUUUGGUACCAAAAACUCCUACUAAAACUGGAAGUAGACUGAGAGAGGGUAACAGUAAAAAUGUGAAAACAUCCCCAUGUACGCCAAGGACCCCUAGCCGAGGGAAUCUCUCACCGAAGCGAUCACCGCGCACUCCAAAGUCGAGCGCAAGCAAGAAAUAUGCACCAUUACCGCUAAAAAUCACUUGCAAAAAGACUGAUAAGAGCGAAAAUAAGGGCAAUGAAAUAACUCCAGUACGGCGUUCAGUUAUGAGAAAUUUAGAUAUCGGUUCUAGCGUCUCUAAAAGUGCGAAAAUUACUCUGAGUAAAAAGCUGGCAAUAUCGGCAUUGCGUCGAAAAAGUGUCGAUUGGAGUCCAAGUACAAUGCAGCAACAGCAUAUUUCAAGAAACGAAGAAAGCGGAAGUGUGAAACGCACACCUAUUCGACGUUCUAGAAAUACUAAGGACUUAGACAGAACGCACAUUACCUGCGAGUUAACACCCCGGAGAAAAAGUGAACGGAUCUUAAAAGUCUAUAGCAUUGAAGAAGCAGUAUCGAAGGAAAUUAAACCGCCAGCCAAUCAAAUUCAAAGUAUAUGUCAGAAUUAUGAACCCAAUUCUGUUACUGAAACAUCACAUUCGAAUAGUCCUCGUGAUAUAAAAGAAACAGCUGGGCUAAAUACCCAAAGAAAGAGUAUACGGCUCGUUGAUGAUAGUCGAACUGUUAGCCGGUAUAGUUCUACGACUUCGCAAAUUCAACCCGGGAAUCCAUGUGUAACCGAAAGAACUCAGUCACUCAACAUUCGAAAAUGUGUAGUAAAACUUAGGAAAACUGUAAUUCGAACAAAUUGCGUUAGUCCGAAGAAUCCUGCAGCGGUAAAGAAAGUAGCUGGCAAAGAGGGCGGCAAAGAGAAACAAAUUACAAUGCUUAAACAACAGCAACCAACAAAUUGCAUUUCCAUUCCUACAGGCCAUGAAUAUAAUUUAAAAGAAAAUGACGCACAAUUGUGGCUUGAAGAGAAUACCGCAAGUCCUCUUAAUGAGUCAAACGAAAGUGACGAAAUUGCGGCAUCAGAUAUCGAGGAUGACACUAACUCAAUCGGCGCGAAACGUCUCCGGAGGAGCUUUCAUCUGGUACAGCGAAAAAAGAUGCUCAAAAACAAGGUCUUUUCAAACAAUUACAUUCAUGGACC